AUGGCUGGCGACCAUCUUGUUUCCAUUGCUGAGGACGACUCAGGUGUUCGUCACCGAGCCGUCACCAUCCAGACUCACAAUGACGGCGAAAACCCAGGCAAUGCCAGGGUCCGGGCACCAUACCGCAUUGUGGAGGUCGAAAAGAAGGAGCCGCAUCGAUCCUCUAUCUUCUCUAUCGCCCUUACCGGGAUCAACAUCAUCAGCAUCUCCGCGUACUUAGGAGUGCUCUUCCUUAACGUCCUUCAGACAUAUUGGCAAGGUCAGGGGUUUCCCAAGGCUGCUUACCUCUUCUUCCUUGGGCAGUUCUAUGACAACAUAUCAUCAAUCCUAGACGGAGCCUGGCGUAUCGUGGUCGGACUUGUGCGUAAUUCCAAACCACGACCGACACUUCGCAUCCUUGGUAACAAUGUUCCGGGAGUCGAUGUCGUUGUCGUUUGCUGUGGUGAGCCAGAUGAUGUCGUCUUGGACACCGUCAAAGCCAUCUGCAAGCUUGACUGGCCCGAGGACAAAUUCAGAGUGAUCGUGGCCGAUGAUGGGAACGUGGAAAGCCUUCGCCUUCAAGUCGAGAAACUGCACGGCAGAUAUCAGAACCUCUAUUACCAUGCCCGCAAGAAGCCUAGUGAUAACAACCACGGAUACAAGGCCGGAAAUCUCAACCAGACCAUGCGUGAGUUUGUCAUCGACCUUCCUGGAGGGCAGAAUGAUUUCCUGGCGGUCUUCGAUGCCGACAUGAUGCCUGAACCUCAGUUCCUGCGAGCCCUUGUCCCACACGCUCUUAGAGAUGUCAAUGUCGGGAUGGUCACUGCCGCUCAACACCACUAUAAUAUCCCGAACGAUGACCCCCUGAACCAAGCGAACAUGACUGGGACUGGUGCGGAUGAUGGACUUCGGGACUCAGUCAACGUCGCCUGGUGCCCCGGCAGCGGUUUUGUCAUGCGCAAGGCAGCUUGGACGGAAAUUGGUGGCUUCCCGGAGUUCUCCAUCACAGAAGAUCUCAUCACCAGCUGGUUCCUUCAUGGCAAAGGCUGGAAGAUCCUCUUGAUCCACGAGGUUUUGCAAUGGGGAUUGCAACCAGAUUGCAUCCUGACCCAUCUGAAGCAACGUCGUCGCUGGUGGACUGGACAUAUCCGUGACGCUCUAAAGAUGAACUUCACCUUGUCUGACUACCGCCUUAAGGAAGCGUCGCGGCUUCAACGCAUGGCAAUGCUCCACCAUAGCUGCCGACCUUACUUGAUGACAUUGACCAAGCUUGGAAACUCCAUUGUUGCCUUUGUUUGUCUUUAUCGCGGUCGGCCCGUCAUUGCCACUCCAACUCGCAAUGCGCUGUAUUGGGCUGUGAUGUUCCUCGGGAUCAUUCGUAUACUGGCACUCAUUGGAGAUAUCGAGUCGAUCUUUGGUAAAUACUACCUGAGUGUCCGUCGUCGCACUGCAACUGGAGUCUGGAUGGGUCACCACUUCUCCCGUGAUGUUCUUCAAACCUUGCUCCCAAAGCAGCUGGGAGGUCUUCGGCUCGGGUUCAAAGUGAGCGGUGUUGGAGGAUCCUCCAUCAAAGAACGAGAUGUCAACAGUCGUCCACCUCUUUCCACGAGACUCUGGGCUCUCCAUCGUCGUGAAGGCAUCUUGUGGCAUGUUGUCCUCUUCUUUGUCAUGUCUAUUGUGGUCAUCUUCAGAGUCCAGGCUGAGAUUAAGGCAUCGAUCGUCGACGGCAAGUUCAUCGCUGACAAGGCUUUUUGGCUUCGGUUCAUCGCUUCGGUUGGCUUUCCUGGGCUUGCCGUCAUUGAGACGAUUCCGCUGUACCUCACACCUGUUGUUUAUGCCAUCUGGCCACCAACGAUGCCAGAGCGUCGUGACAGCAUGGUGUAUGACGACAAGACCGGACUGUGGAAGCCAAUACCGAAGUACACGAGCAUCAAAUGGACCGCAGCUAGUUAG